UUUGAAGCUCAGGGGGCCAGCGGCACUCUGGGGAACCCAGCCCUGGAUACAAGUCUACUGGAGGAGUUCCUGGGCAAUGAUUUCGAUUUGGGGGCCUUGCACCGGAAGCUCCCGGAUACCCCACCCUACUCUGCAUCAGACUCCUGUUCUCCUCCACAGGUCAAAGGUGCAUGCUGCCCGGCUCUUAGGACUCCAGCUCCUUUUCUCCAGUCCGCUGCAGCACCUGGGACACUGCGUGUGCACGCGCCACAGAGCUCAUCUGAAAUGAGUGACCCAGGCCUUAUCCACAGUGGCUUUCACAACUGCUACCCAAACGCCAGUCAUCCCGAGACCACCCUGGACCCAUCCGUGUCCUCCCAUCUGGGGAUAAGUUGUUCUUACCAUCAGCAGCAGCCUCUGAGCCACAGCCUUGGAGCCUCAUUGCCACCAACCAAGAAGAGAAAGUGCACACAGACACUGGAGGACUCCGGGGACUGUCAAAUGUGGGCCCGCCACUCCAGCCCAAUGAUGAGUACGAGUCACGGCAGCGAACUGCAAGACCACGACAGUGAGGGACAGAAGGCGAUGCCUGUGGACCAGUUCUCUCCUGCUCUGAAGUGGCAGCCAUACCAAAGUGUUCCUUGGCAUAAUUUAUUAAAUAAUCAUUAUGAAAAACUACCCAAUAUAGGAUAUCGAGUUGUCACAGACAAAGGAUUCACAUUUUCACCAGCAGAUGAAGCUUUUGUUUGUCAGAAGAAGAACCAUUUUCAGAUAACCAUCCAUAUCCAAGUUAGGGGAAGUCCAAAAUUUGUCAAAACCCAAAUGGACCUAAAACCAAUAGAAAUGUUUUACUUGAAAGCUUUUGGGGUUAAGGUAGAAGCCACCAAUCAAAUAAUUGCUAUUGAACAGUCCCAAGCAGAUAGAAGCAAAAAGAUUUUCAAUCCUGUUAAAAUUGACCUGCUGACCGACCAAGUCACCAAAAUAACACUGGGCCGACUACACUUCAGCGAAACCACAGCAAAUAACAUGAGAAAGAAGGGGAAACCAAAUCCUGACCAGAGAUACUUCAUGUUGGUGGUUGGACUGUAUGCUGCUAACCAAGACCAGUUCUAUCUGUUGUCUGCCCACAUCUCUGAAAGAAUCAUUGUAAGGGCCUCUAACCCUGGGCAAUUUGAAAAUGACAGUGAUGCAUUAUGGCAGCGAGGACAAGUUCCAGAGUCUGUUGUAUGUCAUGGUCGAGUGGGUAUAAACACAGAUGCACCGGACGAAGCCCUGGUUGUCUGUGGUAACGUGAAAGUGAUGGGGACAAUUAUGCAUCCCUCUGACAGCCGGGCAAAGCAGAAUAUCCAGGAGGUUGACACAAAUGAGCAGCUGAGGAGAAUAGCCCAAAUGAGGAUUGUGGAAUACGACUACAAACCUGAAUUCGCAUCUGCGAUGGGAAUAAACACUGCUCACCACACAGGAAUGAUUGCCCAGGAGGUGCGAGAGAUCCUGCCCAGAGCCGUAAGAGAGGUUGGCGAUGUCACCUGUGAAAACGGAGAGACGUUGGAGAACUUCCUUAUGGUCGACAAGGACCAGAUCUUUAUGGAAAAUGUAGGUGCAGUGAAGCAGCUCUGCAAACUCACCAACAACCUUGAAGAAAGAAUAGAAGAGUUAGAAAUAUGGAACAGAAAGCUGGCCAGGCUAAAGCGGCUCAGCAGCUGGAAGUCCUCAGCCAGUGAAGCCAGCUCAGUCAGCAAAUUUAGCAGAACUGUUAGUAGGUCUUCUCCAAGAAGGACCAUUCCCAAAAAACCCAACAAGGUGUAUUUUUCAGGAAAAAAACAGUCGUGUCCUAACUGGGUUUUCCAGACCUUGGUUAUAACUCUCAUUGCUGUGAUGACAUUUUGUGCCUUGACGAUAGUCUCCCUUUACAUACUUAGCUUAAAAGAUCAAAAUCGUCGUACUCCAAAUCUCCUUCCGAGCAAUAUCACAAGCGCUCCAGCCUUGCCACCCACAGCCUCCUCCCUUUCAACACCUAAUACAUCUCUGGCAACCACACAGUCCUCCUUUGGAGUCCCAGAAAUCACUUUCUGUGAGAUCCUGCCAUGUCAGGAGAUGUAUUGCUGCCCCAUCUGGGGAAUGAAGAGAGUCCUCUCAAGUCCUGUGCAAAGACAGUCCCAGGAGAAGGAGCCCCAGCAGAGGCCAUGGGCAGGGAUUGAUACAACCAUCAGUUCUAUUCAGAUUAUGGAAAUCCAGCAAAUAAUAGAUCGUCGGUAUUGCAGUAGAAGCCUCCAGUGCGGGUCUGGAAAUUACAAUUACAAUAUUCCUGUUAAUAAACACACACCCACCAAUGUCAAAUUCUCUCUGGAAAUCAACACGACAGAGCCAUUGAUAGUCUUCCAGUGCAAACUCACACUUGGAAAUAUAUGUUUCCAGAGGAAAGGGGAAGCCAAAGGGAUGCACAGCCACCAAGAAAUCUCCCAGGAGAUGACACAGGGAUUCCAGCACAUUUGGAGCCUUCCUGUAGCCCCGUUCUUUGAUAGCUCGUACCAUUUCCGUGUAGCUGCACCGGAUUUAGCUGACUGUUCAACGGAUCCUUAUUUUGCUGGAAUAUUCUUUACCGAUUACUUCUUUUACUUCUAUCGACAUUGUGCUUAAUUUAUUUCAACUUUGGUUGGGGAACUUUACUAAGGAAAAAAUACUCAGAAAUAUGAGUAACAGAAACAUAUACCCUCUUGCACCUUCUUUUCUCUUUUUUUGUAAAACACCCACAUUUAUUGCCAAAGGAUUUGUUCAGGCAUGGGCUUCCAACGGUUUUGAGACAUUAAUGAGGAGAAUAAAAUGUUUUGCUGGAACUUGAAA